GCUAUCUUAACACGAGGACGGAGGAAGCUUCAUAGCAUUAUACGAGAGUAUUACCCCUUGCAGCCGUGAGAUUCCGUGGGAGGCUACAGAAAGAAGCCAUGAGUGCUGCUCCCACCGACGCCAUGGCCGGGGAAGAAAUCGACGAGACCACCUCUCGGGCUCAGGCUGAGAUGUCUGAGAUCAUGGUGUCGCUCCCGCGGUGCUCGGUGUACUUUACUCGCCAGUACCGCGGCUUCUGGAUCCGCGAGUUCGUUCUUGAGGGCAUGGCCGCCGCUCAGGCGUCCUUCGAGCCAAGGCCAACGGACGUCUUUCUCGCCAGCUGCCCCAAGUCCGGCACCACCUGGCUCAAGGCGCUCGCCUUCGCGACGCUCAACCGCGCCACGCACUCGCCGUCCGACUCCGACCACCCGCUCCGCCAUCACAACCCGCACGACUGCGUCCGCUUCCUCGAGACCAGGCCCGUACCAGAGACCAUGGCGCUCCCUUCUCCCCGGCUGCUUGCAACCCACUUGCCCUGCUCCCUGCUGCCCAGCCGCAUAACGGAAUGCGGCCGAGUCGUCUACGUCUGCCGGGAGCCCAAGGACGCUAUGGUCUCCUUCUGGAUCUACAGCAACAAGAUCGCGGCGGUGCUGCGCCGGCAGCUCGGCCUGGAGGCUCCCUUGCCCACGUUCGGGGAGGCGUUCGAGCUCUUCUGCAAGGGGCAGAGCAGCUCCGGACCAAACUGGUGCCACGCCCUCGAGUACUGGGAGGAGAGCCGGAGGAGGCCCGGUAAGGUGCUCUUCCUCAAGUACGAGGAGAUGCUGCAAGACCCAAUCGGCAACGUGAAGAAUCUCGCGGCGUUCAUGGGGUGCCCAUUUUCUUGCGCGGAGGAGGAGGCUGGGGUGGUGCGGGAGAUCGUGCAGCUCUGUAGCUUUGAGAAACUCAAGAACUCGGAGGUGAACAAGAAUGGCAACAGCGCCAUGAUGGGCGUCAAGAACGACGUAUACUUUAGGAAGGGAGCCGUCGGCGACUGGAAAAACUACAUGACGCCGGAGAUGGCGGCGCGGCUGGACAAGAUCGUCGAGGAGGCGCUUCAAGGUUCAGGCCUGACCUUUGGCAUCUCCAUUUAGAAGGGAAGGCCACUCGUGCAGAGGGAUGGGGAGCGAAUUGUUGCUAUGAAGCAUGAAUUUUCGUGUUUGACAAUUCCAAAGAAAAUAAGGUCUUAUGAAUUAUGAUUGAGGAAACUCACAAAUGAUAUAUUAUAUAUU